AUGGGAAAUAUUGCUGAUACGAUUAAAGCACAGCAAGAGAAAAACGAGGCUGAAACAGUCGAAAAGCUUCAAACUAUCCAUAAUAUGAUGGUCGACAAGAUUGCCUCCUCAUCAGCGAAAAUGCAGAACGACGCGAUUGAAGACAAGACCCUUCCCAUUGUAGCGGUCAUCGAUAAAUCCGAAAAAUACAAAGUCCACGUGCGAACCGCCCCUUCCGACGAUGUCUCAGAUGGCAUCAACGAUCUGCUGAGUGGAGAUUUUCUUGGAGGGCUGAAAAGCUUGAUCGGCGUGGCUCUUAACGAGUUUUUGGGCAACGCAUCGGCCGGCGAAACCGAAAAGAAUGACUUUCAUGUCAUUUACGCCAACAACAGCCUCUUGCGUCUCGAUUAUAUGAUGUACAAGUACGAAUUCUCCUCGAAGGGGUUAAAAGAUAAUUAUGAGAACGCAUUCUGUUACUACUUGCAAGUUGGUGACCUGGACCUGGAGAAAGUGAACUCGCAGAUUUUGCUGUAUGAGCUGACCAGAGCAAUCGGCGAAGACCAUCUCCCAGACGCCGCACAUCACUUGGCCAGCCUGGCUAAAUUUGCCAAGGAGUUGUACAGCACGGUUCAUGAGUUAAAGACCGCGGCA